AUGGUAAAUCCGACUCACGACCAAAGGUUUAUAGACCUAUGGUUAGAGGUAACUAAGCCUCAAUCAUGGGCUAGUAUAUUUUAUCUUUCAUUCUGGUUUCCAUUAUGGACUAUAUUUUGCUUUGUAUGGAUAUUAAGUACUUGUGUGAUAAGUAUCGCUUCUUUGAUAAUCCCCCCUUUGGGAUAUUUCAUGUGUAUAGGAUCUGUCAUGUCUUGGAGAUCUAUGGCGAGGAUUGAAUUGAUCACGAUAUCAUUUUGCACGAACCCUUCUCGAUUUCUUGAGGACGGUGUUAAAGAGAUCACUAAUAGGAAACCAUUACAGGCCAUCACAAAAAUUUCAUCCACUCAAACCGAAUUUCAAGGAUAUAUACAUUUUGGUGUUAAAUAUUGUUAUAAUCAAUAUACCGUAGAAUGUUUAUAUUAUUUUUUAAUAACCAAACCGUUUGGGAUGAUAUUAAAUAUUGUAUUGAUUCCGUUCUUUCUUGUGAUUAGCUUACCACCAUUUACAAUAUUGGGAUUACCAUAUACCUGUAAACGUUGUAAACAACAUGGUUUUAAUAUAGUUGAAGGUGCAAGAUCCGUAUUGGUACCUCAGUGGAAUUCAAAUUCACCAAAUCAAAACCAAGGAAAUGUAUGA